AUCGUUCCCAACAUGAAUCCGAUUAAGCUGAGCCUCUGCCUGGCCCUCCUGGCCGCCUGCGCCACCGCAGACACUCGCUCCCACGCCCAUGGAGGAUUCGUGGGACACGCUGGACCCUCCCUCGGAGCGGCCCAUGGGCACGGCGGUUCCUUUGUGUCUGGACACGGCGCCUCGCAUGGAGGAUCCUUUGGGCGUGGGGUGGGUGGCCACGGAGGAGCGGUGGUCGUAGGACACAGCGUGUCCAGCGGUCCCGUCUACGGCGGCAGCCAUGGCGGCUCCUUCAGCGGAGGUCAUGGCGGCUCCUUCAGCGGAGGACUUCGUCCCAGCAUUGGACACGGCGUUUCAAGCGCCAACAUCCACGCCAGCUCCUUCAACAGACACGGCGUGCAUGGAGGCUCGUUCUCACGCCCACACACUAGCUUCUCUUCAGGCUUCAGCCAUGGAGGUGCUGUCGUUGGACAUCAUGGCGCUCCUAUCAGAUAUGGAAAAUAAGGAGGCAGGAUUCUUUUCUAAUUUAUGAAAAUAAAAACUCCAAUCUUG